GUCUCAAGGGAUAAGCGGAAAGCAUUGGUCAACAUGAAGUGGCAGCUCGUUUUUAUUAUCGUUGGGAUAGCAUUUUGGCAGAACACAAUUUCUCAGCAAUCGUCUGCAGCGGAAACGCUGGAAGGAAUAUUGCAUACGUUGUCGGGCGCUCUUAAUCUUGCGAAAAAUCUGCCGAGAACAGUCGACUCUCUGCGACAAUCGCAGCGCGCGCAGGAUGCCGAUCUGGUUCGCGAAAUAACCGAUGUCGUGUUAAGUACCCUGAACGCUACGUCAAUUGCAAUUGGAAAUCUUGCCGCUAGUGCGGAUGUUAGUGGCGAUUCUGAGAUGAAUAAUUGAGCAGUAAUUCAAGUUUUGAGAUGGAUAUGGAAGCGUUGUGAAAAAUGGUUUGUUUUACAAAAUUCAGGAUAAAUCUAGCUAAUUUAACUAAAUAUACAAUGCU